GGAAGUUUUGACGGUCGGAUUAGAAGGGAAGGGGAGAAUAAUAAACAUUUUUAGAUAGUGUUGUGGGAAAGCUGUAACCCUGCAAUGUUUCGCGGACUUGGGAGCUGGCUCGGGCUGGACCCGGAGCAGGAAACACAAAAAACAGCAGAGAAGGAAACAGGAAGGAAUGAAGAAGAGACUAGAAGCGCGGAACCAGGAGACGGGGAAAAGUUGAAAAGCGCUGGGGAAGAUGGGCAGUCUCAGCAAGAGGCAAAUGAGUCAGACGAGGCCCUCAUAAACCAGGCCAAAGGCUUUGGCAGUUACCUUUUAAACUUUGCUUCUGUUGCUACAAAAAAGAUAUCUGAAUCUGUAGCCGAAACGGCUCAAAAUAUCAAGAAAUCGGUUGAGGAAGGAAAAAUCGACGGUUUAAUUGAUAAGACGAUCAUUGGUGAUUUUCAAAAGGAGCAGGAAAAAUUUGUACAAGAGAUGCAUUUUAAAAAGUCAGAAGCUGCGGUUGCUCCUUGGGUUGGUUAUAAUGAAGAGGAAACCAUUCAACAACAAAUACUGGCCCUAUCUGCAGACAGACGCAAUUUCUUAAGAGAUCCCCCCGCUGGAGUACAUUUUAACUUUGAGUUUGAGCAAAUGUACCCUGUCGCCCUUGUAAUGUUACAGGAAGAUGAGCUACUUAACCGAAUGAGAUUUGAUCUUGUCCCAAAACUCGUAAAGGAAGAUGUGUUCUGGAGGAACUACUUUUACCGUGUUUCUUUGAUUAAGCAGUCUGCACAGUUAACAGCCCUGGCAGCACAGCAGCAAGCAACAGGAAAAGCUGAUAAGAUUAAUAGCAUGCAAGAUGGCGGUGACUUAGAAGAAACUGUAAGGCCAAAGACUCCACCAGUGACUAUCAAGUCCCCACUUAAAAAUCCAGAGGAAGAAGAGGAGAUUUCUACAAGCCCAGGAGUGUCAGAGUUUGUGAGUGACGCUUUUGAUACAUGUAACCUCAACCAAGAAGACCUUAGAAAGGAAAUGGAACAGCUUAUUCUUGACAAAAAAGAUGAGGCUGAUAAACCAGAAGAAGAAACCGAGGACUGGAUAAAGGAGUUACAGGAUGUGGUUCAAGAAUAUGAGGUGGUGACAGACUCUGACAAAAUGAAGGAUGAAAAUUGGGACAAAGAGAUUGAGGAACUCCUACAAGAGGACUAACGUAAUGCUGAUCAGUUGGACUGUGUCUAUACUAUUCUCUUCCUACUCUAGUCAUUCCUUCAGGCUCUGCAAACCACAGAAUAAGAUCAUGGCUGUUUUCGCUAUGUACUGCUAAGGCGCUACUGUUUAGAACUAGCAAUGGAAGAUUAAGUGCUAUUAAACUGAAGUUCUGGGAAGCCCUGUGAAGCCCUGUCUCUUCUGGAUUGUGACUGUAAUAAUCUAUUUUAAAAAGCACUUCACAAUGUAACAACACAGCGGUCUUAUUCAUUUAUCUGGGAUAUGGACUGAAGUAGAGCUGACAUGUAAUUUAACGUAUUUAUUUCCAGCCUGGGAAGAAAGUCUUUGCCAGAGAGGCGCCGGUGGUUUCAUCAUAUAUAUGUCUCUCUAGUACAAGUAAAAGCUAAAAGACCAAGUAUUUGCCACAGAGGUGUGUGGUGCCAAAUUAUUGGAACACGAUUUCUUUUUCACCAUUCAAAACGAAGCAUUUGUUUUCCAUUCCAAUACGUACAAAAUGAGUGAGGCCUGGUUCUAUGUGAUUUGAAAGGUAUAUGGUAUCCUGUCUGGAUUUGUUUGUUUCUUGGGGGGUUUUUUUUUUUGGCCCAUAUUUUUGUUUUACCCUGCCAUAAAGAACAUUAUACCUGAUUUUAAUCAAUUAAGAUUUUCCUCUGCACAAGUUUAAAUGUAUAUUCCAGUUUGGUUUAUGAUCUGUUUAUACAGACAAAUAAAUAAUUUAUGGUA